AAAGCUGUUCGCGGGCCGACCACAUAUGAUGAGAAUACUCCCUGAGCUCGCGUGGGCGAAUAUUGUUGGCAUUUCGGUCUUCUGUAUGCCAAAUCUGUAAUUCUAGGAUCCAAAUUCUUUUUAUAUUCUUUUUUUUUAAAUUCAGCAUAACCAACCAUGGAACCUAGAGGCAAGCCAUACGAGUCGAUCCCGUCAGUGGAAGACCAGGAAGAACUACUUUCCACCACGGAAGUGGAGGAGUCGCUCAUGGGUGACGAGGAGAAGCAGCAAUGGCGCACAUCGCCUCAGGAGAUGAGGCGGAAUAGGGACACACUCAGAACGCAUCGGUGGCUCAUCAGCACCGUCUUACAAGUUAUAAUCAUGGCCCUGUUGGCACUCAUCCUGUUCCGACAGCAAGACACCCGACGAUUGCCUUCAGAGGCGCCACAAGUAGGAAGCGUCGUCAACGGGAACUCGCCGGCGCUCGACACGACGGUGCAAAAGUUCGACGCGGACGCCCGGUUCGUCCCCACGAACGCCUCCGAAUUCUUCGGCGACGCGGUGAUAGAACAGUGGAAGACCCUAUUCCCUCCCGGCACGGGUUGGGGCACCGACCUGGAGACCUUCUCGACGACCACCAUGACGCACCAGCUGCACUGCCUGUUCAUGAUGUCGCGAAUCUACGCCGGCUUGAAGCAGGGCACCCCCGACAUCCUGCCGAAGGACCACAACUCGCACUACAUGCACUGCGUGGACUAUCUGAGGCAAGGCAUAAUGUGCUCCGCGGACCUGGCGACCGAGCCGCACAAGCCGACGGACUCGGACGACAAUGGCCCUCUGGACGGGAGCUGGGGCGGUUUGCACGUGUGUAAGGAUUACAAGCAGGUCACGGGUUUCCUUGGGAAAGAAAUAAAAGACGGGGUCAGGGUUGUGCUCCCUAUUGACGAUUGAAAGAUAACACAGAUUAAACACAAUACCUUAGCGGGUCUUAUGGAACUUUACUGUCCGUUUUUCUCUUCCAAGCCCAGGGAUUAGAAAAACGACCGCCUGCGGCCUGGUUCGAGUAGAGCGUAGUUCUGAUUCACCAUUUCCCCCUACUUUUCUUGCAAACCUGCCCAUCCCGUCGCAGAGACAAGAGAUAGCCUGCAUUCUACGGACCGAGUCGAAGACUGCGGCGGCACUGCGUCUAAACGCGC